AUGUCACGUUCUGAUAACGGUGAAUGGACAAUAGAUGGAGGUUGUACAAACUUUGAUGCAAAUUGCGACAAAAAUAUAACAGAUAAAGUAAUAAGUAGCAUAGGCGACUGGAGAAAGAUUUUAGAAAAUGGAAAUUUCAAACACGGAGAUAAGAUCAAGUUCAAAGUGUCAGCUAAAAAUGGUGGCAAAGUGGAGUAUGAGUACAGAAGUACUUUUACACCUCCGUAUAGGAAAUACCAAUAUUAUCUCAAUGGCAUAACGGCCAACGAAGAAAUCGAACUUGGUUUCGAUACAUUUCCACCAAUACAUUGCUUUGAACAAGACAGUAACUGUCUGCAAGAUGCAUUGCAAGUUACAGAUUUUUUGACUCAGCCAAUAGUAACUGUUUAUUGGGCUGGAUGGACAGAUUUGGAUUCCGGUAUAGACGAAUACGAAUUUAAUAUAUAUUAUUUAGAAAACUCACUUGACGAUAAUCUUCUGAGACACAAAUAUAUGCUAACGCCAAGCAGAUUUACAUCAACUAAUUCUAGCGCAACUCUAGACCUAGAAGAACCCGGGCCGUAUUCAGUAGAGAUUAUUGUACAUGACCGUGCUAAGAAUUAUAAAGUCGCAAGAAGAAUUAUUCUCUAUGACAACGCGUCAGUUGUUGAUCUAUACGGUGAACAGGCCAGCGUUAUUCAAGCCCUGGAAAACGGAUGGAUAAAUAAAAAAAGCGAACAAAUAGAAAUUGUAUGGCCCAAUAGAUUCCGAAAUAUUAGACAUAGCAAUGGUGGAUGGCUAAAUGGAGUACAAGGAAAUGAUGACAUAAGUAGAGAUCUUGACGACAGAGAGGGAAAAUCAAUCAGAACAGUGGACGAAUUAAGUAACAUUAACGGAAUUGUUCGGUUUGAUAUUGCACGUAACGUCGAAUUGGAUGGAAAUACAGAUUUUAUCGAUUUCGACCAAGUACCUGAAGUUUUCUUCAAAUCAGAAAAUAUGGUCUAUACUGAUGAAGAAUUUGUUGAUGGAAAGAAACUAAUGUAUUUCAUACGCGGGAUAGAUGCUGUCGGAGAAUUUGCUGAGGAUAAUGUAACAGUUAUGAUAGAUCUAUCUCCUCCAGUUAUACAAAACCUUUGGCUUACAAAGGGUGACUGGGUCAACAUUAGUGUACACAGUGUUCUGGAACUGAACAAAUUAAUAAUUGAAUGGGAAGCAUUUGAUUUCCACAGUGGUAUUCACGAAAUUUCAUGGAAAAUAUUUGAUAAUUUUACCAAAACAGAAGUAGUCCACGGACAUUCCUAUGAGCCACCACAAGGGGAAACAGAGACAAUUGAAGAGUGCUGGAGUAAUUAUUCCAUGAACGCCCGAGGAGCAAACUGUUACUGCUCGCCCUAUAAUGGAUGCUUCCACAAACACUUCCAAGUCAACCCACAAGUAUCGAUAGAAAACAACACUGGACUUAUUAGCGGAAAAGAAACAGGGGAACACGAUUUUGACUACAUUAUAGAGGUUACUGCUAUCAACAAUGCUAGAUUAACAACAGUUCAACAGAAAAAAAUCACUAUUGAUACUUCACCACCUCAUGAGGGAAUUACAAAUGAUGGUUUGCCGGGGUAUCCAGAGCUCGAUUUUCAGCAAACACUUCGUCUUAAUGGAUACUGGGAUCACUUUUUUGAUAAGGAAAGUGGUGUCUGGUUGUAUACAUAUGGCUUUAAUGAAAGAUGUUUAAACGAAAACGAGUUGGACAUUCAUCAAAACGCAAGUUGGACGUAUGAUACUGUUGCGGAGUUUACAGUAGAUAAGCCUGGAAAAUAUUACCUGACAGUUAUGGCUUAUAACCAUGCUCUUGACCAUAGUAAACCAGUUUGUUCCGAUGGCGUGACAAUAGACGACACUCCAGCAGUUGUAUCGGACGUUGUUAUUCAAAAUGCUGUUACAACUGAAGGGCUUGUAAAGAGUGUGACAGAUGAGACAGUAUACAUUCUGUACAGAAACAGGGAACUGGUACAAGUUGAAAAUCCCCCUGAAAUUUGCAGAGAUCGAUCAAAAGCACUAUCGGAUAUGGACUUACAGCUUUUCCCCCAUAAACUACAACAAAAUGGUACGAGAAGCACAGUUAAGCUAAAUGACAACUGUAAUGAUCUUUAUGGCCCUCAGUCAGAUAUAAUCUCAUUCAUAUCAUCAGACUAUGUUGUCGAUAUAUCUUGGAAUGUAACAACUGGACCCGGUGGUCUGCAUGAUUAUGAAGUUGGAAUAGCAUCUGAACAUUCUGAGAUACCAGAUAUAAUGGGUUUUACAACUUCUCAUCAACAUCAGCAUAUGCGAUUAUUUCAUCCAGAUAUUUUUGAUGGUGAAAUUUUCUAUCUGUUAAUCAAGUCUAUAACUCAAUCGUCAGUUACUGACAUUAAGGUUAUCGGUCCAUUAGCAUAUGAUUCAUCAAAACCUGAAUUUAAAGGAGAAAUAACAUUAUCAACUGAACAUACCAAUAAUGAAACAUUUCUAAUAGCAAGGUGGGAUGUCGGCGCGUUUACUGAUCAUGGUGAUCCACAUUCUUUAACGUACGAAGCUGCAAUAGGCACUUCGAAAGGCACACAAGAUGUACACCCAUUUAGCAUCUUAUCUUUCGGUGGAAGUUGUAUUCAAGUAGAUAAUCCUUCGUGUACGGCAUUCUCAACACAAACAUUUCGAUGGAACUUACAUGAUAAUCAAGAUUACUAUGUAACUAUUAAAGUUAAGGAUACGGCAGGUCACUUUGUCACCGCUUCCUCUUCAAAAUACAGACACUACAGUCAAUUACCAUCUAAAGGGAUUGUUAAAGACGUUGAUGACACUGGUGCAAAGUUUGUUGACAUAGAUGACAUAGAUUUCCAAACAAGUACAUCGAAGGUUACAGCACGAUGGUCUGGCUUUAAACAUCCGCAUGAAGACAUUAGAUUUACUGUCUGCAUUUCAAAUGCUUUCAGUACUGACUUCAUCAAAUGUGAACAAACCACUUCAAUUGAUCAGUAUACAAUUUCUGGUCUAGAUUUAACAGAGUAUGAGACAUAUUACCAAACGGUCAUAGCAGAAACCGAAGUUGGAAAUUCCACAGCUGCCUCUGAUGGUGUUACUGUUGUAAUUGAAGGGGAUACCAUCUCAGGGAUACAAGUUUUUGAUGGUUUGCCAUGUUAUAAGCCUUUAAGUGGAGAUCUGAACCUGACACUGUCACACCAUGAUGAGGAUAAACGUUUAGUCUGUCAAAACGAUCUUGAAUUCCAAGCGUCUACAAAUGUACUUCAAGCCCACUGGACGAUUCCUACAGAAAAGAGGCAUUAUCUGAAAGACAUAAAUUGGUCAAUAGAAGAAAGAGCUCCGGUCGCUGAUGUUUGGAAGAAGCUAACAGAGUAUCAGCACUUACGAUCAAAUGCAACGCAUCUUGAAAUAAGUGGUGUAUUCCUAUCCCCAGGAAGAAAGUAUAGAAUAUCUUUACAAUUUUGUGCCAGACAGCAUUGUUUUAAACCCGUGCACAGUGAUGGGGUCUUUGUAGUGCCAAAUCCUCCAGUAACCGAAUCUUUGUCAGUGACGCAUUCAGCAGACUUAAACCAGAUCCAAGUAUCCUUAGACCGGUUCAAGGAUUCAGACCUGUUAGAUGUAUCUGAAUCGUACCAAGCGAUGAAUCAUUAUGAAUGGGCAUUUGCUGAUGAGGCUGAAUUAGGUCGUCUUUUGACAAAAUGGACACGCAUUGUAACAACAGAAGAAACAUCGGAUACAAUUCUUAACUUUACCAUCAAUUUAAAUGGUGAAAUUGCGUUUACGAGAUGUUGGCUUUUGAUAAUAAGAGGUUACACGAAAGUGGGUCUUUCGUCAACUGUUUCGUCUCCAAUCAAAGACUGCCAGGAUGUGCAACAAAUUCGCCCUAGUAUAGUUAUUGAUGCUGUCGGUGACCCUCUAUCAACUGAGAAAGCUCAUAUUGGAAAGGACAUUUACCUUGAAGAAAAUAGUAUUUGGGAAACCCCAGACGAGGAUUACACACCUUACACUAAUAUACUGUCAGCCGUCUGGCCAACCUUAAGGUAUACUAAAUAUUAUUGGGCUGUUCUGUUAGUAAAGGUAAAUGACCCAACAGUGUUUUACAAAAGUACGGACACUCUUGACUUGAAAGAACCCUGUUCUCAUCCUGAUGCAAUAAAAUGUGGCACUACAGAACAAGACUAUGUCAAUGUCAAUUUUGGAGCUGAUACUCUGGUACAUGGGUAUCGGUACAUAAUAUGUAUUCAUGCAAAUGGAACAACUAUUCACUACGAGUUCUGGGAUCAAGAAUUGGAUGAACUUAACGAGUGUAGUAAUGGCGUGACUGUUGAUCUUACACCGCCAAUACCCGCAGACAUUUGGAUUGGAAAUGAUAAAGAACACUUGUAUCAAACCUCUACAUCUGAAAUAUCAGUUAAUUGGAAUUCGUUUACUGAUGUGGAAGAGGAAGGGUUUGCAGCACAUGUGAGCGGAAUAACACACUAUGAAGUAGCUUUAGGUUCAAGUCCCGGAGGUGUUGAUGUUCAACAGUUUACAGAAAUUGGGCUGACGAAUCAUUACACUUUCCACAAUGUUAGACUCCAGAACGGGCAUACGUAUUAUGCAACUGUUAAGGCCUAUGAUUUUACCGGACUGUUUUCAAGUUCCAUAUCAGAGGGUAUAAAGGUUGAUACAACACCUCCACAAAUAACGAAGGCAUCUAUAACCUUGCCUUCAAGGCAUAUUACGAGCACAGACUUUGUUGAGGCCUGCUGGAAAGAUGUGUUCAUGGAUUUAGAAAGUGGAAUAUCACAUUAUAGUUGGGCAGUAGGAACGCACACAGGCUAUGAUGAUAUUUUCCCAUUUUUUGAUACAGAAGAAGAUUGUGCCAGUACACCUGAGAACGAAAAUAUAUCACUGAAAGAGGGUCAUGCAUAUUUUGUUACUGUAAAGGCUAAUAACAAAGCUGGCCUUUUUACGUCAUUCUCGUCCUGGGCGUUCGUUGUCGAUUCAACACCACCUAUUCAAGGAACGGUUUAUGAUGGUCCCCUAUCGCUUACAGGACAAAAUGUUGAUGUAGAUUAUAUAAGCAAUAAUGCAACAUUACAUGCCAGCUGGAAAGGUUUCCAUGACCCUCAUACCACAUUAGAAGAGUAUUUUGUGAACAUAGGAUCUUGUAAACAUUGUGAAGAUGUUUUAGUUAAGCAGCCAAUUGGAAUAAGAACAGAUAUUGGGUUCACUUUUCUGCAGUUAUCAGAAGGAUUCCAUUAUUUUGUGACUGUGACUGCAUGCAACACAGCGAAGCUAUGCUCGGAUGCAUCAUCUGACGGAUUUAUUGUUGAUUCAACUCCACCAGUAAAGGGGAUUGUAAAUGAUGGACUCCUCGAUUAUGACAUACAGUACCAAUCGUCAAGAAACUACAUAGGGUGUAAAUGGUAUGGCUUUACAGAUCCUCAAUCUGGAAUAUCUCAUUACGUAUGGCGAGUAGGAACUGUAAAAGGUGGUGACAAUAUUCUGACUGCCACUGAAGUCCAUAAACACGAGUUGGCAUUCAUAUUUAAUCUUCAUUCUGAGUACAGCAUAUAUCUGCCAUCAAAUGGAACUCGGAUCUACUGCACUGUCCGUGCAUAUAACCUCGCAGGAAAGUUUGUAGAAGCGUCAUCAAAUGGAUUAAUUAUUGAUGACACACCACCGGUUUUUACUGCUAACAUAUCAAUGUCACCGAUAGGAACAAUAAAGGACGGAACAACAGUCUUAAGAACAACUUUAAAAGUUCAUUGGAACGUAGAAGAUAGCGAGUCAUUUAUAGAAAAACAAUAUCUAUCUAUUUCGUCGCAUAUUGGAGGCGAUUUUAAUCUAUCAUCAACUAGAAUCGAGGGCAUAGUCAGGGAUUAUACAUUUACAGGAUUGGACUUUCAUGACGGAAGCUAUUAUGAUAUUAAACUUAUAUCGUGCAAUGGAGCUAAGCUUUGCACAGAAUCAAUAAUAGAAAGCAUUUUAGUCGACAGUUCCCCGCCAACAACAGGAACAUUUGCAAUCAACACUGACCAUGCUGCAGCUUUAUCCCGGCAACCAGAAGGUUGGAUGAUAUGGACUUCGAUAUAUGUCAAUCUUGCUUGGCUUGGUUUUGAAGAUAUGCAUUCCAACAUCAACACUUACAGUGUAAAUAUCGGUAGCCAAUAUAUGGGCAGCGAUCUAAAUCAGGAACCGAACACUCCAAUGAUCGUCACACAUGAUACAAAUUCCUCCUUUCACGAAGAUGGAAAAGUCCAAACUUUCAAAUUUGAAACACAAAGACUUAAGGAAAACAUGGCAGUGUUUAUCAGUGUUACAGCUGAAAAUAAAGUGGGACUUUCAAGUGAAAUAGCUCAUUCCCAGUUUAAUCUUCGUUAUGGGGGCAUGAUGCAAUUGGUACGUAGAUGUGUCAGCUAUUCGUGUGAAGGUCACUGUGUAUGCGCUCCAUUUGGCAGUCUGUGUCACAGUGAACAGUCUUGUAGCAACUUGAAUAUCUCAGAUAACAACAACGCAAUAAUUGAGGUCAAUGACUAUCUUGAUCUUCGAUUCCCUGACAAUUACAUUCAACCGGAUCAUACUCCUAUCAACACUAUGCUUGCUGCCAAAUGGUAUAUUAAAACUAUUCAAGGACAAAGUCCCUUGUGGUACGAGUGGAGUGUUGGCGAAAGUAUUUCUGACACUCCGACUGGCAUAUUCAAUACAGCAACAGAGAAGGUGUGGUAUGAUGCUGGUCAACAAACUACAUGCAUUUUUACUGUAAAAAGAGACAACAAAGUCUUAACAGAACAACGGGCUUACUCUGUUUUUGUGCGUGCCUGGUAUAGCAGUGAUACAUAUGCCAUAUUUAAAAGCAAAGGAGUUACCAUAUUUCACUCGCCGCCCUUAUCAAUCGUCAUAAAGGGCAGACGUGUCAAAGAAGUCAUACAAGGAACCUCAAAGGAUAUUGAUUUUAUCACUAGACAAUCGCAUGUCUAUGCUGAUUGGUCGGGAAAGUUUGGAGGCAUCGUAUCUAAAUACCAUGUGUACAUUAGCACCAUUCCAGGAGGUCAUGAUUUACACACUUUAUCAGAAGAUUUGGUAAGCACAGUUACAAAUGUCAAUAUCACCGGACUGAGUUAUGAGGAAAAUACUAAGUACUACACAGUUGUUCAAGCUUUUAACCCUGCCGGGCUACAUACUAUUUCAGUAUCUGAUGGCUUUAUGUUGGAUUUAGAUGCACCAACAAGUGGAAUUGUAAUGGACGGACUUUUUCUGGUAGAUAAACAUGCCUCACCUAAUUCAAGCUAUGUUCAAAGCUUUUGGCAUGGUUUCUCGGACAUUGGUUCUGGUAUAGAAACAUACGAAUACUGCGUGUCAUCUGGUGUUGAAGAGGGAACAUGUGAUAUUCAACCUCUUUCUGAAGUUGGUAUUGCUACUCGUAUUCAGAUUACUCCAAAAGACAGUCUCGGACAGGGUUCUAUCGUAAGAGGAGAGGUCAGAGCUCGUGAUGUUAUUGGACAUACCUCCAAGCUUGUCUCUUCAAAUGGUCUCAUAAUUGACAGUACUCCACCUAUUCGUGUUAAAAGCGAAUUGUGUCAACCGAAUAUUUUAUUUAGUUCGUUUUUUGAAGAAAGCGAUGACAUAAAAAUAAAUGAUACAGUGUGUGAAAAUAUUUCAAGUUCAGACUGGAUGUUUUUACCCGGAACGUGUGUGUCAUUAGUUAACACUGUUUCGUCUAUUCAUGGUCAAACAGUUUUACAUAUUCAAGGUUCAAUUUUCCAAACAUUACAAAGCGAAUUACACGGUAAAUACAGACUUAUAUUUCAAACAUCAACUAUACCUUCAAGCAAUUUAUAUCAGUCUGCCCUUGAAGGUUAUGUGCAGAUAAACGGGCAAAGAUACAUUUUCUUAAUGUACAACAAGCAUAAUAAAGGAACUUACGAUUGGCAAAAGCAUGUAUUCUUUUUUACCAUUGACACUAAUACUACGCUAUUCGAGAUCGGAACAGCUAUGAGUACUUCUGUGUUUGCUAUAGAUGAUAUACAGUUUCAGCUUUGUGAGAUUACAAAUCAGGAAGACCAAGAUGCAGUUGGUCAUGUUGAUGUCCAUACAGUAUUUGUUCACGAUUGGUCAUCAAUUCACGCAGAAUGGUCUUUUAUAGACCCCGAGACGGAUAUACUUGAAUACUUUUGGGCCAUAGGGACGGUGCGAGGAGGAACUCAGUUACAGACGUUCAUGAGCGUAGGAAGACAGUCGUUUGCCAGAAAUCACAGUUUAAGACUCGAGCACGAUACCAUGGUUUAUAUAACAGUUGUAGCCGUUAAUGCUGCUGGACUACGCACAGUUAGCUACUCCGAACCUAUCCUUAUCGAUCUUACACCGCCAACAUGUAAUUAUGUGUAUGAUGGAUCUAUUAUUGGUCAAGACCUUGAUUAUAUCAGUGGAGGUAACCUGGAAUUUCAAUGGGAUAUAUCGGACGCAGAAUCUGGACUAAAAGCUUGCAGCUGGGCAAUAGGUAUUUAAUGUUAAAUGUUCAAAAUGUUAGUAACACACAUGCUUUGCUCUC